AUGGGUGUCCCGUUCGAGGCUUUGCUUCCUUACGGCAUCAUCAUCGGGAUGUACUGCGUUACCGGUGUCGGCCUCAGUAUUACCAAAUAUUAUGCGAACGAUCACAAGAAGGCCAGGUGGAACAGAGACGUCUGGGAUAAGCAAAUGAUGGAGAGAGAUUUCCGGAUAACAGGCAGCAUGAGAGGUCAAUCUACCAACGCUGAGGCCCCUACUGGCUUCGAAGUCAGCAACCCAUGGAAGCUCGAGAAGAGACAAUACUAG